AUGUUGGAAACUGAAACUUUAUCUGAGUUUUAUGAAAAGUUAUCUGAUAUUGCUAAUGAGUUUUUUGCCUUGGGAGAAAAACUAGAUGAAUCUGUGUUGGUUCGAAAAAUAGUUCGUGUGCUUCCAGACAGGUUUGACACAAAAUUGCUAGCAAUGGAGGAGGCUAAGGAUUUUGGCAAAAUGAAGGUUGAGGAGCUUAUGGGUUCGUUAAGAACAUUUGAGCUAAAUCAACAAAUAAAGCAAAAGGGUAAGCCGAAUCCUUCAAUUGAAAAAAGAAAAGGUAUUGCAUUUAAAGUUUCUGAUGAUGAAAUGGCCUUGUUAACAAAAAAUUUUCAAAAGUUCAUGAAAAAGGUUGGAAAUAAAAAGAUUUUUUCAAAAACUCCAAAAGGUUUUAAUGUUACUUGGAUUGAUGAUGAUUUUGAAAGUAGUGAAGAGGAUAAUGAGAAAGUUGCUUUAACCAGUGUUUUGUCAAGUGCUUUUCAGGAAAGAGGAAAUUUUUUGUGUUUAAACAAUACCUUGAUUGAUGUCAAUAAAAAGGAAAUUGACUUGGAUUCAGACGAGUCAAAACUCAAUGAGGAAUCAUUGGCUGAAUCAUACAAGGUAAUGUAUGAACUUGACAAAUUGAAAAGAAAUGUUAAAAUGCUAAAUCCAGUAUCUACCAUUUUUGAGGAGGGUUCUGUUUUUACAGCAGAACGUUGUGUUUCUACAGAAAUGAAGCAGUCGGAUAAGCCUAAAAAUUCUCAUGGGAAAAAGAAACGUUUCAUUCCCUCUUGUCAUUUUUGUGGAGUAAAAGACCAAUGCAAUGUGAAGAAAAUUACUUUUGGUAAUGGUCUAGCUGGAAAUGUCAUAGGGAUGGGAGCUCUUAAUUUUGAAGGUCUACCCAGGCUUAAGAAUGUAAUGUUGGAUGAAGGACUAAGAGCUAAUCUUCUUAGCGUUAGUCAAAUUUGUGAUCACGGUUGCACUGUUAAUUUUGAUAGUAAUCGUUGCUAUGUUGUUAAUGACCAAGAUGAAAUUAUUUUGCAAGGGUUUAGAUCUAAUGAUAAUUGUUACACUCUCACUACAUAUGCUACUUGUCACUCUGCCAUAUAUAACUCUACUGAUUUAUGGCAUGAAAAGCUUGGACACAUUCAUUUAAAAAAUUUGAAAAAACUGUCAAAUGCAGGAAUUGUUCAAGGAUUACCCAAACUGGGUAAAGAAUCUGUGGGAAAAUGCGAACCAUGUCAACUUGGUAAGCAAUUGAAAAUUUCUCACAAAAGUAUUCCUGAUGUGAGUACUCCCAAUGUUCUUGAACUUCUUCAUAUGGAUCUAAUGGGUCCAAUUCAGGUUGAAAGUUUGAAUGAUUGUAAUAUUGGAAAGAUUGUUCGGAUUAGGAGUGAUCAUGGAAAAGAAUUUGAAAAUAUUGUUUAUGAUGAGUUUUGUAAAUCUAAAGGUAUUUCUCAUGAAUUUUCUGCUCCUAAAACUCCUCAAUAA